AAUGGUCUGCAGUUUAGUCCAAUUCCCAUUCCAGGGAAUCAUCUUGUUGUCCUAGCAGUGGAGCAGUGUUUUGUGGGAUCUUUACUCCACUUUGGCUUCAGAAUCUGUUCAUCCACAAGAACAGCAUCACAAAUUGCUCACAACUCUCCUCUUUAUCUCAAUAACAUUGUAAAAAAAACAUUUGGUUCAAAGAACAAAACGUGUCCCUCUGGGGGGUUACCCAAUCUUCCUGCCUGUCAAAUAUUUUCCUGCCACUCUGCUGAUCAUCAAGCCCCCACAAUGCUGCAGAUAUUGAAUGAAAAUUUACUAGAGUUACAUAGAAGCACUCCACAGUCAUUUCUUCUGAAAAGCUCUCAGAGUCAGCACUUAUCACUUGUUGAUUGUUCUCAGACGAAAGCCAGUUGCAAAGCAAGUUUUGGUAAAAGUAACACAUCUCUUCAAGGGAGAGGUCGGGCAUCUCCCAUUUACUGUACUCCACAAGAGUUCUGUGCUAUGAUCACUCCUCUUGUCCUAACUGGAAUCUCACAGCCUUCCUCUGGCAGCAAUUCCACAACAAAUAGGUCACCAGGAUCAAAUAAG